AUGGUACGUAAUUAUAAGAAAAAAAAUUCUAGACAGCAAUAUGACAGCAAAACAUUAGAAGAAGCUGUUGAUCUUGUAAAAAAUGGGCUACUCGAUGCGGUAGCUGCUAGUAAAAGAUCUGGAAUACCUGCUUCUACGAUUCGGAAACAUAAAUUGUACAACUGUUCCGUUGGUGCAGGACGAGAAACAGCGUUAACGCAUGAACAAGAAGAUACCAUAGUCAAAAUUCUAGUAGCUUAUGACGAAUGGGGCUAUCCAAGAUCACGUCGUGAAACAUUGGAUUUAGUAAAAAAAUUUGUACAAGAAAUGGGUUUAUCAAAAAAGUCCACCCACGGUAGUCCCGGCGUUGAAUGGUUAAGAUUAUUUUUAACACGUUGGAAAACUGAGCUAACACAACGUACAAAUUUUAUGGGUUUACGGAAGGAAACUACACGAUUUCGAACACAAAUGUGCCCUUCGUCCUCGCCGUCAUAUUCCGGGACGAUGGAACUUCCAUCGUCUAAUAAAGAUUUAUUACAAGAAGAUGAAAAUAAUGAUGUAUCGGAAGAUGACCUUGGCAAUGUCAUUUUGGAAGACGAUGGUGAAAAAGAAAAUAAUAUUUGUGAUGAUUAA